AUGAAGUUCGAGAUUACACCUUCCCGCGCAGUUGCGCUUGUCGCUCUCAUUGCAAGCGCUGAAGCCGCGAAGCAUGGCCAUGCUCAUGCCCGUCACCACGAAACUCGGGAAGUCGCCCUGGAGAAGAAGGGCGGCCAGUGCCAAUUCCCCACCGACGCUGGCUUGGUUGCCGUGACCCCAAAUGAAGAGAACGCCGGAUGGGCCAUGAGCCCCAACCAACCCUGCAAGCCUGGAAACUACUGCCCAUAUGCUUGCCCUUCGGGUGAGGUCUCCAUGCAGUGGGACCCCAAGGCCACUUCCUACUCUUACCCCAUGUCCAUGAACGGUGGUCUCUACUGUGACGAGAGCGGAAAGAUCCAUAAGCCAUUCCCUGACCGUGACUACUGUGAGUCGGCCAUUGGUGUCGUCAAGGCUCACAACAAGGCUGGCAAGUCCGUGUCUUUCUGCCAGACCGUGCUGCCCGGAAACGAGGCUAUGAUCAUCCCCACCCUGGUCGAGGAGCUCGCCGAUUUGGCUGUGCCCGGCACCUCUUACUGGUGCUCCACUGCCGCCCAGUACUAUAUCAACGCUCCUGGUGUGAGCGCCGAAGAGGGCUGCGUCUGGGGUUCCAACGCCAACCCGUGGGGUAACUGGGCAGCUUACACUGCUGGUGCCAACACCGACGAUAAUGGAGACACUUACCUCAAGAUUGGAUGGAACCCCAUCUAUCUGGAGACCACAUGUCCCUUCCGCAAUACCAAGCCCGACUACGGUAUCGAGAUUGAGUGCGAGGGUGACGGCUGCAAGGGCCUUCCUUGCAAGAUCGACCCCGCUGUCAACUCUGUGAACGAGAUGAUCGGUGACCCCUUCACUGGUGCUGGCGGUGCCACUGGUUGUGUCGUGACUGUUCCCAAGGGCGAGACCGCCCGUGUUGUCGUCUUCGAUAAGGGCGGCAGCAGUGGCUCAUCUUCUGAGACAAUCUCUGUGUCCAGCUCUGCUACCUCGAGCUCGAGCUCCAGCUCCAGCUCCAGCUCCAGCACCAGCACUAGCACUUCGACUCCCACUCCCACUCCCACCCCGACUAGCACCAGCACCAGCACGACCGAGACACCUACGAGCACCCCCACUCUCACCUCCACCUCCACCCCUACUCCCUCGUCGACUUCCACCGCGACUGCCACUUCUACCUCCAGCUCUAGCUCCAUCACCUCCAGCUCGACCAAGUCUCCCAUGUCCAGCGUCACUCCCUCUGGUAGCACCCGCUUGCCCAAAUCAAGCCCCUCGCUGAGCUACACUUAUCAGCCUCACGUCCUGACUGGUUCCGCUGAUAUCUCCGAGGCCUCCUCGACCACCGGCGCCGCCGCCGCAUCCUCAUCCUCUGGUACCGGCGGUGCUACCAGCGCCACCGUCUCCAUGAUGACCCUUGCUCUCGGCGCCGUUGCCGCCGUUGCCAUGAACCUCUAG